AUACACAGAGUAAACUUGAUUGCACAUAUUAUUGGUUAAACUUUAGUAUGUGUACCUUCAGUGUGAACGUGAGGGUACAGUGUAUAGCUGUAUGAUAACACACACCGUCACAGGAUCGAUCCCCUCCUCUCGGAUGGAGGAUGAUUGACACUCUCCGCGGACCAAUGUGGAAAAUCAGUUGCACCCGUUCACCCCGCCCCCUCCCUCCGGGCUCGCAGUGCGCACGCGCGGCUCAGCUGUUUCGGCCUGUUCCGCGGCCGCUCGGUCAUCUUCGCCUCUUUGUUUUACCGAUAGUGGAUUUAACUCGGAUCCAGCCCGACAUCCAGCGGACCGUGCUGCUCCCGAACAGGCUCCAAUGAGAGGCUCUCCAUGAUGAGGAGCUAACACUGUCGGCCGUACAACCGCAGGAAGAGACGUGGCUGCUGCACCAUCCACAGUCGACGCAUGGCGGUAUUAGGGAACCCCGACAUGCUGACGAGGAAGAUAAAGCUGUGUCACAUCAACGCCCACAUCACAUGUCGUCUGUGUGAGGGCUACCUGAUCGACGCCACCACCGUCACCGAGUGCUUACACACAUUUUGUAGAAGUUGCCUAGUGAAGUAUCUGGAGGAAAACAACACGUGCCCCACGUGUAGGAUCGUUAUUCAUCAGAGCCAUCCACUGCAGUACAUCGGGUAAAAACAGGCGUCGCCUCGUCUUAUUUUCUUCUGUUUCUUCUCCUGUUUUGCAGCGGAGAUAAAGAAGCAGAGAGAUUUCUAUCAGAAGUUGGGGAUGGAGGUGCCUGGAGACAUUAAAGGGGAACUUUGCAACAUGAAGACUCAUCUAGAUCAGCGCAAUGGCGAUGCAAAAUCAGAGGACACCACCCAUAAGGAGGCAGGAGAGGAGAAACCAGAAGAGGACAACGACUAUCACCGUAGCGACGAGCAGGUCAGCAUCUGCUUGGAGUGCAACAGCAGCAAGCUACGAGGUCUGAAGCGCAAGUGGAUCCGCUGUUCGGCACAAGCCACGGUCCUGCACCUCAAGAAGUUCAUCGCCAAAAAGCUUAACCUGACAUCGUUUAAUGAGCUGGACAUUUUAUGCAAUGAGGAAAUCUUGGGGAAGGACCACACUUUGAAAUUUGUCGUCGUGACAAGAUGGAGAUUUAAGAAAUCCCCCCUCCUGCUCCAUUACAGACCCAAGAUGGAUCUGCUGUAGCGAAAACGGACACAACGGUUGUUUCUUUCCUUUUUUUAAAUUUUUUUUUUAAUUUCAGGUCCGGUGGCUGCAGACUGUGCCGAAACUUUUUUUUUUUUAUUUAUGCAAAGACGAUCAACCAACACCAAGCAAACGCCCGACAGUAAAAACAAAAUCAGCAUAAACCAGCAAAUGGGGAGCUAACGUUGGGGAACAAACACAACACAAAACUGGAAACCUCCAGCACAGAUUCUGCAACACACGUGUUUUUAGGAACUACAACAACCAUUUUUUUUGUCCGCUACAUCCUAGAUAUGUGAACAAAAUGAAAAAAGAAAAAAAAAAUGAGAGAAAGCAUAUAUUUAUACUUUUGUACAGAAGAGACACAUUGAACCAAGACACUACUGGUGCUCUGUUUACACGCAAACAAGAUGUCUGGAAUCCCGUGACCGUGUUUUUUGAGCUUCGUGCAAAUUUCAUCCUCCCGAGACAAAGACUGAGAGGAGAGGAGGACGUUUUUUUUAUAUAAAAAAAGUUUCUUUUUUUUUUAAUUUCCUGUCACAAUACACUUGACUCGUCUUGGGAGCACAGAAAGUAUAUGGAAGAUAUAUAACAGGCAUCGAUUUCAAGUAAAAUUGUCUCAGAAUCUUUUUUUUUUAUUCCAUUUCAUUUUGUUGGCUUUGUCUAAUUUGCUAAUGGGUUCUUGAUGAUUGUCAAUUGUGAAUAGGCUAAAAUUUUUUGUUGUGUAGUAAUUUAUGUUCUAUAUACCAAUAUUGUACAUAAAAUGUCAUUACAGAGAGAGAGAGAGAGAGAGAGAGAGAGAUUGAAGAGCGUAAGAGAGACUUUAGACUGUUAAAAAGAAAAGAGUGGAUCCCAGAAGUGCUAUCUAUAUGUUGGGCAAAUAAAAAGAAAAGUGUCCAGAGGUUUAAAAAUGAGGAAUUUAAAGACAGACUCACUAUCAGUAUCAAAAUAUAUAAAUGCAUCUUUAUGUUGUCUGCCACAGACACAAAACAAAUAUCAAAUCCCUUGCAGUGUGGGUGGGUGCGUGUGUGUGUAUGCUUGCGUGUGUGUGUGUGUGUGUCAUGGGGGUCUAAGUGUGUUACAGUGCUCUCAUAGAUUUACGAGACUUUAGGGCGAAUCAGCAGAAAGCUUGAGAUCCACUCCCCCCGUGCUCCUCAUCUCACCGGCCUCCUGUAGAGUUAUUGUUUGUUAAUUUGUUCGUCAUCAACAAAUUCUCUCUCACCGAUAUCUACACACUGGUGUCUGUAAGUGUCCGGCAGAGACACAGUUCCUUUUCCUGUUUUUUUUCCUCUAGAUCUUAUUUGGUUUUUGCAGCACGCAGACCUGAGUAUCCGUCCUCGUGUUUCUACUCUUUCAGCGAACACUCAUUCAGCCACAUGUUGUUGUUCUUGUUGUUGGCAGCGUGCACACUCGUACCAUGCACUUCCUUCUGCAGCGUUUGUUUAAAAUUCACCACUACUUUAAAGCAACACUAUGAGACUUUCACUGAGCAACAGCGCCCCCUGCAUUCGCACGUAGAUAAAUAAACAGUCUAUCAAGCUGAACUGUGGCUAUUACCCAUGAUCCUCUGCUUCCUGGAUCAGGAGAGCUGCUGCUCUGUUGAGAAUUCUUCAUGUUUUUAAAGUUUCCUGCUGAACAUUGGAGAUAAACUCUGCUUUUUUAAUGACUUCUGAGUCUUUUGAACUGAUCUACAGUUUAACUUUGCUCUUCAACUUGCUCGACCUGAUUAAUAUUAGAAUUAAUAAUUGAAGUUGCGACUAAUAUACGUCUUUGACACCAAAAUUACAGCCGGACGAGAUAAAAAAAAAAAACCUACUGAGUCAUUUGACCCGGGAUUAAAUGCAGAUUAUAUUCAUUCCUCCUGAAGACAAAUGUCAGAGGGUGUUCAUGGUUUUUUCACCAAUGGGAAAGUGGCUUUGGUUUUUUGCACACAGGAAAUCGUACCCACUCACUAAAGUUACAUAAAACAGACGUUCAGGGUGAAUGAAAGAGGAAACAUUCUCCAAACUCAUUUUGAUGCUGCUGCUGUUCUUCAGUUAAAAGUUGCAUAGUGUUGCAUGUCACCUUUUUAAACCCUGGUAAAAAGUUUCGACAUUUUUCUAGCCCACAGGAAGUGAACUGACAUAAGAGCGAAAUAUAGACGACUCGAUAAAAGCACCUCAGACCAGCUUGAUGAAGAUGAGAGCAGAUUACUGACGACGCCGCUGCAGUUUUUUGGGUAUAUUUCAGUUUCUCCUCACUGCCAGUUGCAAAUGUUCAAAGUUACACAGUGUUAAAGAGCAUUUUUUUUUGAAAGUUGCGUGAUAAUGAAUCAAUAUAAAACUUGGAAUUUUUUGCAGAAUAGCCAGUGUUCAAUAAUAACGUCGACUUCACAGGACAAAUCUUUUGAGAAGCUACUUGCAAAUUCAGGUUUCGCACAGGGACGGAGGUUUUUCUGAACAUUUUGAUAUUGAAAUUCUGAAUAAAAAUGACCACAGUUUGGUCAUUUGGUGCUGAUACAUGUCUGUUUCUAGUCUUAAGGUUGUUCUUUCUACUGUGUCCGACUGCAAACCAAUGUUCUGUCAAAUGAGAAAAUGUCUUAAUCUCACAGUGUUCAAAGCGAACUGCUCAACUGUCUUCAACGUUAAACACAACUGGAUCCUUAAAACGCCAUGUCUGACCUCAAGUAUGAUUACCUCACCUGGCUGACCCGUGUGGUCAGUGAUGUAAUAACGAUUAUUUACCCUCUGCAUUGUGUCUGCCCACAACAAGCUGUUUUCUAUAUGUUCACACGCAGGGUUCCUCCUCAUCCACAUGUUCCAACAGCCCUGAAGAAUAGGGUUCAUUAUAAAACUGUCAGAAGUUAUAGAUUGGAAAACAACUCUUCAGUAUUUACCUGCAAUAUUUUAAUUAUAUAUUUUUUGCAGGAAGAGUAAAUUAUGUCGUCCGCCUAUUGUGUUAAAAUCCACUUAUUGGAUUUGGAAAUGGAAUAAGAUGUGUAGGAACCCUGCUGCAUCAGGACCUAUGACUUGUGUAUAAAAUCAGCGUUUUUAUAGCCGACAGGUCGGUACCAAACCAGCUCUACCAAAACCCUCCAGUCUGCGUGUUUCACUUCACUUCUGAUGGGAACCUAAAUAUUUCAAUGCUCUUAAUCCAGUUAAAUACGUCAACUGUUCAUUGUUUUUGGUUUUAAAAAAAGAGGUGCAAUGAAAACAGCCUCCUGUGGAAAUCUGAAAUACUGAAUAAUUUGCUGCAGAAAACAACGUUACCCAACAAAUCUGAAGCUUAGAAACAAGUGAAAUCUCUUAAGAUUCCUGAUGAAACCAAAAACAAUGAGCCUGACGUGUUUGGUCAGAUCAUGGACGUGUGUUGUGUUAAAUCCCAGCACACGAAAUGUAACCCCCUGUUUGAAAUGAGGCCAGUGUGGAGUUCAUUUCCAUCAAAGACACUGAGGUUCAUGAGGAGGUGAUGUGUUAUCAUAUCCGUCGUGUUAGUGUCACUCCUCCAGUCAGACUCAUCCUGCAGCUUCUGUAAACGCUCGGUCUGUUCAAGUCAAAAUCUCUCGACCCUUCAUCGACAUUUUCCUCACGUGAUUGAGCUGUAAAGAAAAACAACAACACGGUGCUACUUUCAAAAAAACGACUACACACAAAACGUCUCUGUGAUGCAGAACACGGCACAGACGGCACAUCUUUUAUUCCUCUCUGCUUCACAUGGUGACUUUCACACUGCACCGGUGUUCACGUUUUAUUCUGUUUGUUGUUAUUUGGAAAAAGGUGAAUUUACUCGUGGGAACCAUCGAAAUUUGUUGCAACAGUUUCGAAAGUGAAGAGAAAAGAAAGAAAAGUGAAUAAUGAGCGACUGGUGCUUCUCUGAGAUUCUCAUCUGAGAUGGUUUCUACACAAACGGCUGCAGUGUGAACGAAAAAACUUUCACCAUUGUUUCUGAGUUUUGUUCCGAGAACCCUGUGAUGCAUGUGACAGGUGCGGGGGUGGGGAGGGGGCGCUCUCUGUCUCUGGUGCUUUCCCUGGUGCUAACAACCUCUCGUCUCUGACGACCUUCAGAGAGAGGUUCGGGCGGAGCAGUGUGCUGCUGCUCUCCUGUCACCUCGGGUGUCUCCUCCUCUCAGAGCUGCCUCGCUGAGAGCUGCUGGCUUUUACUUUUUUUUUUUUUUUUGUUAUAUCUCUUUAUCUUUUCAUUGUUUUGUUUGUUUUGUUUUCCCCUCUUGUCUGGACUUGCUCCAGCA